GUAUACUCUUGUCAAAGUCAGUCAUAGUCACCAACAAAAAAAAUUCUUUUACUUGCUGUAAAAAUUCAGGAUUUGGUAAUUAUAAUUAACCAUUAAAGUAAACUACUAAAAACCUCCAAAUUAUACUACAAAGUAACAAUUUAAUAUUGUGUAGUAAAUGCCGAGUUUCAGUAACGUUCAUUAUUGAUAUUAAUAGUGGGCGCCGGUGAAAUUGUGAUCAUGGCGAAUCCGUCAUCAGGCGUUGUGGUGCCACGGAACUUUCGUCUUCUAGAAGAACUUGAACAAGGGCAAAAGGGAGUUGGUGACGGUACUAUAUCUUGGGGCCUCGAAAGCGAUGAUGACAUGACUUUGACUCACUGGACUGGCAUGAUAAUUGGCCCCCCAAGGACUCCAUAUGAAAAUAGAAUGUAUUCUCUUAAAAUUGAAUGUGGCACGCGUUACCCCGAUGAACCUCCUACUGCUAGAUUUAUUUCUAGAAUCAACAUGAACUGUGUUAACAGUCAGACUGGACUUGUGGAUAAUCGACAAGUCCCGAUUCUUGCACGGUGGCAGAGAGACUACACUAUAAAGACCGUUUUACAAGAACUGAGACGUCUCAUGACACUCAAAGAAAAUAUGAAGCUAUCUCAACCCCCAGAAGGAAGUACUUUCUAGUUCCUCUGUCACUGAAAAUAUGUCUCAAUAGACCCAAUCUACUUUGUUCAUUCACCUUGGGAAGAUACAAUUUAUUUAUCAAUUAUUUGUGUAUGACAAUUAAUUUUUUAUUGUAGUCUUAAUUUAAGUGAUGCUAUGCUUUUGUGUAUCUUCAUACUAUAAGUAUAUCUGUCUUCUGUCUAAAUCUUCGCACCAUUAUUACACUUGUAUGGGAAGCAGAGAGAUGAAGUACACAUGGUGCAUUUCAUAGUAAAUGCCAUUUCGUACAUGAAGCUUAAUGUCACGAAUUUAUCUCAGUUGUAGAUUGGGCAAAGUAUUUUGUAAAUUUUUGUAAAACUUCCUAUAACAGUUAUAAUUACCAACCUAGUGGGUAAUGCCCAUUUAUUUAUCAUAUUACCUAAAUUAUUGUGGCCUUUGAGAAAAAGUUGCUUUUGGUAUUUUUAAGGCUAGUUUUACCAAUGCAUGUUUUUAGGAACAACUUAAUAUUUUAAUACAUAGAUUAAUACAGGUGUGGAAAGGUCUGCUACAAUAUAGGUAUCUUGUUGUUUCUAAAUACAAGCACUUUAUUUUUAACAUCUAUAUCUCAUUCUUACUGUAUCUACAAAAGUUAAAAUUCUUAUUUCUAUGAAUAUCUUCAGAUUGUGAAAGAAUAAUAUUGCUUAUUUUCCUUAUAGUAUAACAUGAUCAAGUGUAAAAUAUUUUAGGAAAUUUUUAUUUCUUAGGCACAUAAGAUAAAGUAUUACUGGUACAAUAUAGUUACAGUAUGGCUUCACUUGUCAUUAUUAAUAAUUUUGUCACAAGAACAAUGAGCAUAUAAUUCAAUGUGUAAUGAAAUAUGUUGCAACCUCCAUAUUUUUUUAGUAUCAACUCUUUGUCAAACUUAUAACCGUUAGCUCCCAACUCCCAUAUAAUAAUAUGCUUGAAUUUAUUGUUACAAACCAAAUGCUAAGUCAUUGUUUCAUAGCAUUAAUAUUUUUACCAAUGUAUAACUAGCAAAGGUAAAUAAAUCAAAUAAUACUGUCA